AUGGGGCUCCCAGGCAAUAGGGGAUCAUGGGGCCCCUGUGUCCUUGCCCAAACUCAAAAAAACCUAUGAAAAAGAAAGAUCAUGUUGAGGCCUUUCUCACAUGCCAGUGCCAAGGGAAAAGAUCUACAAGACCCAGAUUAACUGAAACUGGAGAGUGCAAAACCUGGUGCGUCUGGGCCAGGGGCGGACUGACAACUCAUGGGGCCCCCGGGCAAUAGGGGAUCAUGGGGCCCCUGUGUCCUUGCCCAAACUCAAAAAAGCCUAUGAAAAAGGUACCAGGGGCAUCUCAUGGGACCCCCCACUGACCCCAGGCCCUCGGGUAGUGCCUGAGUUUCCAAAUGGUCAGUCCGCCCCUG